AUGAAGGUGUCCGAGACUGACGAUUCAGACGUCGUGGAGGGAGAUGCGGCCUCCAUCCAGCACCUCCGAACAACUCUCACCGCUUUCAAAUUCGUAGGUAACCCUGGUGGCACGAAGACAUCUCCUCAACUCCAGAAUGCUACCGGCGCACUAGAUUCCAAUGUCACCGGGUCGUCAAAUAUGUCUUACAGUACCCCGUUGCCAAGAACAGAGCAAUCUCCCGCACUCCGACGUUCUCCACGCAAACCAAAGUCGGUCGCAAAGGUGGAAGAUCGCAACGCAGAGCUCUUUCUGCAAACAACACCCGAAAGGUCGGUUUCCAUCAGCCUCAAGGAUGGCGUACUUGGCUCCCAGUCCAGUACAAGUCCUAGCAGGCGGAAACUCAAGUCGAGGGUACAAAUCAAGCGUGGCUUUGCUUCACCGGAGACUUAUGCACACCUUCUGCCUCUUCAAGAUUACCUCAAGGAAGAGCUUGAUGUUCUAUUCUGUGGUAUCAACAAACAGGAAUCUGAGCUUGCGGCAUCAGAAUUUACUACAGGCGUUCCUGUGCUCUUGCAGAAGAUCGCACGCUUCCGUCCUCAGGUCGUCUGUUUCGUCGGCAAAGGCAUAUGGGAUGCCUUCGAGCGCGCUCUGCCUCUAGUGAGAAGGGAGACAAUUCAACUCGAUAGUCCACCAACACCGUCACCAUCUCCUUCGAAACGCAAGGUCCGGAAGCGGCUGUUCGCCGCUCAAAAUCCGUUCCAGUGGGAUAUCCAGCCGUACAAAGUCGUGCAUCCCAAUGACGGUACUGAUAACGUACUGGAGACACUGUUCUUCGUCACGCCCAGUACCUCGGGGCGGGUAACUAGUCACCAGCUUCCUCAGAAGACGGCCUUGUUUACCUUGCUCAGACAGCGCAUGGAGGAGGCAAAACGUGGCGAGAUUAAUACAGAGUCGAUGACUGUUAUCUCUUCGCCACCACCUCCAUGA